AUGCAAACUGUGACAAUGAGUAGAAGACAGAUUGUAAUUAUGUCUCAAGUGGAAGCAGGGGUUUUAAGCACUAAACCCUCAAAUCUCAUGCUCAAUGAGGUUUUCCCAAGCAUGAUAAUUGACAAAGUUUCAGAAGUUGCCAAAAAAGAUGAAACUAUUGUUGCAUUAGGGGAAAGCUGGUUAAGACGAUCUAUUGAUAAUCGGGAAAAAAGACGCUAUUAUACCUCACAACAUAUGAGGCUGAUGGGAAAGAUGUUGCUUGAACUUCGCUCACUAGAAGGUGAAGAUGAGAAAGACUUUGAAUAUUACCUUCAUCCCAGUAGAUUUGACAUGCUUGUAGGAGCUGCUUUACAAUGCUGUCUCCCAUACAUGGAUGACAUGAAGGAGCUAAAAGCUCCAAGUAAUGGUAUAAAGAUAAAAUAUGAUUUACGAAGAAUGAUAACCGCUAGAUGGGCAAUUACAGUUAAGAAAGAUGUUCACUCAUUAUGUGCGAAAGAAUUAAAGACUUGCCUAGAAUUGAUAAAAAUGGAGUGGGGUGAGAGAAUAACAAAGUUGGCUAGAUCAGUACUGGUUAGAAGAAGUUUUCAAGUAAAGCAUGAUCUUCCGUCCCCAGAAGAUAUAAGAAAACUUACCAGCUAUUUAAUAGGAUGUCUUAAGGCUGUGGACCUUAAGGAGGAAAACUACAGCAGAAUUGUUCAGCUUUCCCAGACCAGAAUACUCAUGUAUAACAAAAGAAGAAGUGGUGAAGUUGAUGCCAUCAGUCUCAACAGUUAUGCCAGCAAGACAACAGAUAUUGAUGAUUUGGACGAAUCUCUUGUUGGAGAACUAAGCAAAGUGGAACUUCAUCUUUUAAAAAGUCAGGACUUAAUGAAAGUCCGGGGAAAGGGUAACCGCCCAGUACCUGUAUUGAUACCUGCUGACCUAAAGGGACCACUUGAUUUCCUAGCA